ACCGCCCCAAACCGUGUUGUCCCGCCCCCUAUUUCGUCACUUCCCCUGUCGCCCCUGUGCAGUCGAUAAGGAAACCCGGAUGCAACCGCGACUUUCUUUUUCUCAGGCAGCCGGGAAGAUGGCGGACAUUCAGACCGAGCGUGCCUACCAAAAGCAGCCGACCAUCUUUCAAAAUAAGAAGAGGGUCCUGCUUGGAGAAACCGGCAAAGAGAAGCUACCGCGAUACUACAAGAACAUUGGUCUGGGUUUCAAGACACCCAAGGAGGCCAUUGAGGGUACCUACAUUGACAAGAAGUGCCCUUUUACUGGUAAUGUCUCCAUUCGAGGGCGGAUCCUGUCUGGUGUGGUGACCAAGAUGAAGAUGCAGCGGACCAUCGUCAUCCGCCGAGACUACCUUCACUACAUCCGAAAAUACAACCGUUUCGAGAAGCGCCACAAGAACAUGUCUGUGCACCUUUCCCCCUGCUUCAGGGACGUCCAGAUCGGCGACAUUGUCACAGUGGGCGAGUGCCGGCCCCUGAGCAAGACUGUGCGCUUCAACGUGCUCAAGGUCACCAAGGCUGCAGGCACCAAGAAACAAUUCCAGAAGUUCUGAGACUGGACUCCUCUGCCCACUGCACCAAACAAAAUAAAGUUAUUUUCCCAGUUA